AUGGACUCGCCCGUCGUCGCCCAGCUGUUCCGCCAACUGUUCUCGCACCGCGCGAGCCAAUGCCUGCGUGCGCCCGCCGCCUCGCUCGCACGCACCCAGCGUCGCGGCCUGGCGUCCAGCAGAGAGGACGCUGGCCAGGUCAACGCCGGCCCAGGGAGCAGAUGGCAGCAGCGGACAGACAUCCUCCCUGCAGAGCGCGGCGAUGAGUUCAAGCGCUACCCAACCGUUACCGCAGACUCGUUGCGGUCCCGGAGGGAAAGGCCGCGGCGGGUGAAGAUGCUCAUGCGAGACUUCAUCGAAGACAGCCUGUACAACCCCCACUACGGCUACUUUUCGAAACAGGUCGUCAUUUUCCAUCCGGGCGAGCCCUUCAUCUUCAGCAAUCUCAAAGACGAGCCCGAGUUCUACCGCAUCCUGAGCGAGAGGUACACGCAAUUCGAAGAUGAAUUGGACCAGAAGCAAUACGACGAAACCCGCCAGCUGUGGCAUACUCCGACCGAGCUGUUCCGUCCAUACUACGGCGAGUCCAUUGCGAGAUAUCUCGUCACCAAUUACAAGCUGUCGCAGUAUCCCUACCACGAUCUGCUUAUAUACGAGAUGGGCGCCGGAAACGGGACCCUGAUGAUCAACAUUCUGGACUACAUCCGCGACGCAUAUCCCGAGGUCUACGAGCGCACCAAGUUCCGUGUCAUCGAAAUUUCUUCCUCCCUCGCCUCCUUGCAGGUCCACCAUUUGAAGCGUUCGGCCUCCGCCCGUGGCCAUCUAGACAAGGUUGAGGUCAUCAACCGCUCCAUCUUUGACUGGAACACCUAUGUUUCCUCGCCCUGCUUCUUCCUUGCUCUUGAGGUCUUCGACAACUUUGCUCAUGACUGCCUCCGCUACGAUCCAUUCACUGAAGCCGCGCUCCAAGGCAACGUCCUGAUCGACAACAACGGCGAUUUCUACGAAUUCUACACCCGCGAUAUCGAUCCCGUCGUCGCACGCUUCCUUCGCGUACGAGACGCCGCAGUGACUAAACCAUACAGGCAUCCAUUGCAACAACCACGCUGGCUCCGGAACGCCCGCGCAAGACUCCCCUUCGCGCCAAACCUGACGGUCCCGGAGUUUAUUCCUACGCGGUUGAUGCAGUUUUUCGACAUCCUCCACAAAUUUUUCCCUGCACACAAGCUUGUCACCAGCGAUUUCCACAGCUUGCCCGACACUGUCAAGGGCAUCAACGCGCCCGUCGUUCAAACGAGGUACCAGCGGAAAAUGGUGCCUGUGAGCACACCACUGGUACAACAAGGCUACUUUGAUAUUCUUUUCCCCACCGAUUUUGGCGUUAUGGAAGAUGUAUAUCGCGCCAUCACCGGUAAGCUGACGCGGGUUAUGACGCAUGAGGAUUUCUUGAAGAGGUGGGCGUUUGUGGAGGAUACGCAGGUGCGGAGCGGCGAAAAUCCGUUGCUGAGCUGGUACAAGAAUGCCAGCGUGAUGACGACGGUAUAG